GCGCCGCCCCGCCUCAGCGGCACGGCCCGGCCCCGCGCAGCGCCAUGGCGGCCGCCAGCCUCCUGCUGCUCCUCGCCGCCCUCUCCCCGGCCGCCCUGGGCCGAGGGGAGCAGCGGGGUGCCCCCGGGAGGAUCGCCGUGGUCGGCGGCGGCAUCGGGGGCACGGCGGCCGCUUAUUUCCUGCGGCAGAAGUUCGGGAGGGGCGUCCGGAUCGAGGUGCUGGAGAGGGAGGCGGUGGGAGGCCGCCUGGCCACGCUGGAGGUGGAGGGAGAGGGCUACGAGGCGGGGGGCUCGGUCCUGCACCCCCUCAACCUGCACAUGAAGCACUUCGUCAAGGAGCUGGGCCUCCCGGCUGCCCCCGUGUCCGACAGCCUCGUAGGCAUUUACAACGGAGAGGAGUUCGUCUUCGAGGAGAGCAGCUGGUACAUCGUCAACGUCCUCAAGCUCCUCUGGCGCUACGGCCUCAACCCCCUGCGAAUGUACAUGUGGGUGGAGGGCAUCCUGGACAAGUUCAUGCGGAUCUAUCGCUACCAGACGCACGACUACACCUUCAGCAGCAACGAGCGGCUCCUUCACGCCCUCGGAGGGAACGACUUCACCGGGAUGCUGAACCAAACCAUCGAUGAAGUCAUGCAGAAAGCCAGCUUCUCCCACAAGUUCAUAAACGAGAUGGUUUGCCCGACCAUGAGAGACAAUUAUGGGCAAGGUGUCAACGUAAACGGGUUUGUAGGUGCUGUGUCUCUGGCAGGGGCAGAAUCAGGCCUUUGGUCGGUAAAAGGGGGAAACAAACUCGUCUGCACUGGCCUCAUCUAUGCCUCGAAAGCUGAAGUUAUCUCCGGUACGGUUUUGUCUAUAGAGCCCAAAACCAGACCCAGAUCCACAGGGGACCCCGUUAACCUCUACCAGGUCACCUACAACACGACGGCGGGGGUGACGGGGGACACGUACGACAUCGUCGUCAUCGCUGCCCCGCUGAACCGCAAGAUCGCCAACAUCACCUUCAAGAACUUCGACCCUCCCGUCCCCGAGCUCUCCAGUCCUUACCACCAGACCAUUGUGACCUUCGUGCACGGGCGCUUAAACACCUCCUUCUUCGGUUACCGGGACCCUUCCGCCUUUCGUUUCGGUGCCAUCUUCACGACGGAGAAUCCCAAACUCUUCAUCAACAGCGUGGGGGUUGUGUCUCCUGUGGAAAAAAAGGGCGAGGGAGGAAAGCUGCCCCCGCAGGCGGCCGUCUGGAAGGUGUUUUCGAGGGAAGUGCUCACCAAAGAGCAGCUCGACUUGCUUUUCUCCUCCUACGACUCCGUCAAGGUGAAGAAGUGGCUGGCGUACCCUCGCUACAGCCCCCUGGAGAAGUGCCCCCCGAUCAUCCUCCACGACAAGCUGUACUACCUCAACGGCAUCGAGUGGGCUGCCAGCGCCAUGGAGAUGAGCGCGAUCGCGGCCAAGAACGCGGCGCUGCUUGCCUACCACCGCUGGUACGGGAACGCGGACAUGAUCGACCAGGAAGACCUGUACGAGAAGCUGAAGACGGAGCUUUGAGCCCCGCCGAGCGCGCGCCGUGGCUGAUCGGAGGCGGCCAAAAUUAACGCCCGAGGAACGCCUCGCUCGGACCUGAGGAGGAGACACCCAGCCGCCUCCGCGCCGGCACCGCUCGACUCCAGCAGCAAUUAAAAGGCGGCAGGCGCUCUAAACGAGCGCUCUCCGGCAAACCACUCGCUCUGGCCCCGAAGUUUAAAUGCCACGUUGACCCUAAAGUGCCCUUCUCGACGAGGAGCCCGCCCAACCCCGGAUCUGCAUCGCUGCGCUCAGCUGAGCCCCGCUCCCUCGGACCUGCGUGCGUCGAUUUCCUUCAGAUGGGGGAAAAAAAAUCAACGCCUCGGCCCCGAACCUCUCUGCCUCAAUCGUGUUUUGUUUUGUUUGUUUUUUUAAGGCCAUAUCAAGUAGUUCAUUUUUGGGGUGGGACUGGUGCCGUGGAAAUUGUGGAUUCGUUUUUAGUUUUUAAUUUGCGUCCAGAAGUACUGUGAGCUGGGGGGGGGGAGCCAGGUCUGCUGCUAGCCAAGGGAGGGCGAGAGUUGCCAAAAUGGGUGGGAAGCAGGCAAAACGCCCGCUUUUUUGUCGAGGUUUAGCUGCCUGCAGCAGGGGCCCGCUUGGUUUUAGCAGCUACGCUUUUCGGGAGAAGCCUUUCUGUCCCUUGACCGUACCUAACGCUGCUGUGAAACCCUAGCCACCUCUCCCGAUGCGGAAAACACUGCGCUGUCAUUAAAAAUAAAGUUAACGCGCUGCUUUGAAAGGAC